AGUGAAAGCAGCAGCGAGCACACUACUUAUCAUCGGAACCCAUUUGUUGAUCAUGAGUGCUGGAGAGAAUGAUGACGGCUCUGCCAGUAUGAGCGGUUCAAAAGAGGACCUUCACUCUGAACGAAUCAAACAGGAGAGAUCAGACUCACCGACAUCAUCACAUCUGUCUCUAAAGAGUGAGAGAUCAAUUCCAUUACCAAUGAACUUCAGUGAUGAAGCACAGAGAAAUAAAGAAAGAACCAAACAGGAGAGAUCAGACUCACCGACAUCAUCACAUCUGUCUCUAAAGAGUGAGAGAUCAAUUCCAUUACCAAUGAACUUCAGUGAUGAAGCACAGAGAAAUAAAGAAAGAACCAAACAGGAGAGAUCAGACUCACCGACAUCAUAUCUGUCUUUGAUGAGUGAGAGAUCGAUUCCAUUACCAAUGAACUUCAGCAGUAAAGCACAGAGAAAUAUAAAAAGAAAGCUGUGUGUGGAAGACACAGAAGAGCAGACAGAGUCCACACCUGCUAAAGGAGUCUGUCAGCGGCACCACAGAGAUCUGGAAGUGUUCUGUAAGACAGAUAACAUGCACAUCUGUGCCAAAUGUGUGGGGCAAGAGCACCAAGGACACAGUAAAAUCUAUACUGUGAAACCUAAUGUGCCAGACAGUCAAACCCUGCUCCAUCAGGUCUUGAGAAACAUGAGGUCAGAAGACUUCAAAACCUUUAAAAUAGAACUAUCAAAGGAUUACCCAGAAUGCUUAGGGAGUGAGCCGGAGGAGCUCAGUGUCUCCGAUGUUGCUGUGAAUAUAGUGGAGUGCUUUGGAGGAGAGACAGCACUGAGAAUCACAUUACACUUCCAGGCAAAUGUUAAUCCACUUCAAAAAAUCACACAAGCCAAUAAAGCAAAACUUCAGGACAAAUGUCAACAUAUAAACGAAGGAAAUUCAUCUCAAGGUAAACAGAGUUUAUUGAAGGAGAUCUACACGGAUCUGUACAUGACAGAGGGUGGAAGUGGAGAGAUAAAUAACGAACAUGAGGUGUUGAGGAAUGAACUGAUUUCACAAAGCAGAACCACUCCAGAAAGUCCUCUCACAUGUAAUGACAUCUUCAAAACGCUGACAGGACAAAGCAAACAAAUCAGAACAGUCCUGACGAUGGGUAUAUUUGGUAUUGGAAAGCACGUGUCGGUGCAGAGGUUCAUUCUAGACUGGGCGGAUGGAAAAGCAAACCAAGAUAUCAACGUCAUCAUCUAUCUAAAAUUCCGUGAGCUCAACCAGAAAAAGGGGAGCUGCAGUCUUCUACAGCUUAUUCAGCAAUAUGCUCCUGAGCUGAAAGAAGCAGAUCUUCAAGAAAUGAAAGUGCUUUUUAUUUUAGAUGGCUUAGAGGUCUGUCAGUAUCCUCUUGAUUUCCAUAAUAAUGACUUCUGCUCUGAUAUAAAUCAGAACGUUCCUGUGGAUGUGCUGCUUACAAACCUCAUCAAGGGGAAUCUGCUUCCCUCUGCUCUCCUCUGGAUAACCACAAGACCAUCAACAGCCAGUCGUAUCCCUCCUGAGUGUGUCCAUCGGGUCACAGAGAUUCAAGGGUUUAAUGAUCAUCAAAAGGAAACAUACUUCAGGAAGAAAAUCAGUGAUCAGAACCUAGCAAAUGAAAUCAUCACACACAUCAAAUCAUGUCGGAGCCUCUACAUCAUGUGCCACAUGCCCAUCUUCUGCUGGAUUUCUGCCACUGUGCUAGAAAAUAUGAUGAGUAAUGGAAACUCUGAUCAGAUACCCAGAACUCUGACUGAGAUGUUCACUCGCUUCCUGCUCAUUCAGAUCAGCAUCAAGCAUAAGAAGUUUAAUGGAGCUGAUGUUGAUAAUCCAGAGAAACUGUCUGAAUUUGACAAAACAUUGAUUCUGAAACUAGGAGAACUGGCUUUCCAGCAACUGGAGAAGGGCAAUUUGAUUUUUCAAGAAGAGGAUCUGAUAAAGAGUGGCUUAGAUGGCGGUAAAGUCACAGAGUACUCAGUGUGCACAGAGAUGUUCAGAGAAGAGCUGGGAUUGUACAGGGAGAAGGUCUACAGCUUUGUGCAUGUGAGCUACCAGGAGUAUCUGGCAGCGAUAUAUGCUCACUUUGCAUGUGUCAAUCAUGGGAAAAAUGUUCUUGACAUAAAUGGAUCAACGGAUCUUUCUGAUGUCCAUCAGAGUGCACUGAAUAAAGCUUUGAAGAGUGAAAAUGGACAUCUUGACCUCUUCCUUCGCUUCCUUUUUGGUCUUUCUGUUGACCCUAACCGUACUCUCCUGAAAGACCUUCUCACCAAAGACAGUUCAAGUAAACCCUGUGUAGACAAAAACAUGACAGUGCAUUUCAUCCGAGACAAGAUCAAACAGGAACAAUCACCAGAGAGAAUCAUCAAUCUGUUCCACUGUUUAAAUGAGCUGAAUGACAACACUCUUGUUAAAGAAAUCCAGACUGCCAUGAAAUCAGGAACGCUCUUGGGUAGCGAGCUGGAGCCCGAGCAGUGGUCAGCACUGGCUUAUGUCUUGCUGAAAUCUGGAGAGCAAUUAGAUGAGUUUGACAUGAAGAAAUUUCACACAUCAACAGCAAACCAGCUCAGACUGCUGCCGGUGCUCAGGAUCUGCAAAAGGGCCAGAUUGGAUUGUUGCGAUCUUUCAGUUGAGUCCUGUAGAAUAGUAGCAUCAGCGUUGCAGUCAGUCAAUUCACCCUUGAGAGAGCUGGAUCUGAGCAACAAUAAACUAGACAAGUCUGCAGUGAACGUCCUCUUGACUGGUCUAACAGAUCCACAUUGCCAAUUGGAAAUAAUCAGUCUGGCUGGCUGUAAUUUUCCAUCAGCAUUCUGUUCAAAUUUGGUCUCAGCUAUCCAAUCAGCAAACUCACACCUGGGAAGACUGGAUCUGAGUUACAAUAAGAUAAGUGCUACUGGAAUGAAUAAGCUCUGUGAUGGACUAAUUAGUCCAUACUGUAGACUUAAGAAACUCAAGUUAAAGCGGUGUGUUCUCACAAAGACAAGCUGUUUAUAUCUAGUAACAGUUCUGAAAUCUAACUCACACUUGAGGGAGCUGGAGCUGAAAAGCAAUGAUCUGCAGGAUUCAGGAGUGAAGCAACUCUCAAUAGGACUACAGGAUCCACAAUGCAAAUUAGAGAUACUGGGACUGUCGGGGUGUAUGAUCACAGAGGUGGGCUGCAGAUCACUGGCCUCAGCUCUCACCUCAAACACUGGUCAUCUGAGAGAACUGGAUCUGAGCUACAACCACCCUGGAGACUUAGGAGUGAAACUGCUCUAUGCUAAAAAAGAUGAUCCAAGCUGUAAACUGGAGACACUACAUGUUGAGAAAGGAGGAGAAUUUCGGAUGAAACCAGGUCUGAGAAAAUAUGUCUGUCAGCUCACAGUGGAUCUAAACACAGUACAUCCACGCCUAAAACUUUCUAAUGGAAACCAGAAAAUAACCGAAACUAGAGUGGAGCAGAAAUAUCCUGAUCAUCCGGACAGGUUCAAGCUGUAUCCCCAGGCCAUGUGCAGAGAGGCUCUGACUGAUCGCUGUUACUUUGAGGUGGAGUGUGAUGGUGGAGUUGGAGUGGGAGUGGCCUAUAAGACUCCAGAUAGAAAAGCGAAUAUAAUGGGAGUUAAUAACCCGUUCCCUGCUCUGCUCUGUCAGGAUGGCAAACUGAAACUGUGGCAGGAUAAUGAUAUUACUUGUGAGUUCCCUGUGUAUGCUCGGUCUAGAAGAGUAGGAGUUUAUGUGGACUUGGAACAUGGAAGUUUAUCAUAUUACAGCAUUCGUAAUGACAGCCUCACUCACCUGCACACGCACCACACUACUUUCAAAGACUGCUUAUAUACAGGGUUUACUUUUCUGCCUGACUCCUCAGUGACUCUGUGUGAGAUGGCAUAGACCCCGAGAGUGAGCAGAUAUUUCAAAAGGAAGUUAGACAUUUUGUAUGUCUAUACAGGUGCAUCUCAAUAAAUUAGAAUGUCGUGGAAAAGUUCAUUUAUUUCAGUAA